AUGACCGUGACUCGAUCCCAGACGGGGAAAACCCCAAAGAAAAUGGAGCGGCCCGGCUUCGUCGAGACACCUGGCCGUCGAGUAACUCGCAGUAGCAGCCGCGCACUGUCAGAGGAUCCUUCUAACACAGUUGCUGAUACUCAGGCACAAUCAAACUCCACAUCGCGGAGACGCCCGUCGGUCAAGGUCAAGACUGAACCGUUGGACGAGGAGUCGAAGCCAUUUGCGACCAAUGGACACGCCGACGAUUCCGUCAACAAGAAGCCCCGGAUUGUGGAUGGAUGGGAAGAGGGCAAGGAUCCCAAGAUCGACUACAGCGGCCACUUUGAAUUCGGAGGUUCUCUGGGUGUGGCAUCCAUGAUGAUUGGAUUUCCGCUGCUGAUGUACUACAUGUGGAUUGGCGCCACCUACUACGAUGGCAAGUUCCCUCGUCCCGCGGAAGGACAAAGCAUGUCUGAAUUCUUCGCGCAUUUGGGGCAUCUGGCAUAUGAGGGCGCUUUCCCCUCACUCAAGGCCUGGACUAUCUAUUGGGUUUUCUUCAUCUUUGAGGGUAUUUGCUACCUGUGCCUUCCGGGUAUCACCGUCAUGGGCCGUCCUCUGCCCCAUUUGGGAGGGAAGCAACUGCCAUACUACUGCUCUGGUGUUUGGUCCUUCUACACCACCAUCGUGUUGGCCCUUGUCCUUCAUGCUACUGGUGUCUUCAAGCUAUACACGAUCAUUGAUGAGUUUGGCCCUCUGAUGAGCGUCGCCAUCCUCUCUGGGUUCCUUGUUGCUUUCGCGGCUUACUUCUCCGCAUUGGCACGCGGGGCGCAGCAUCGCAUGACUGGCCACCAUGUGUACGAUUUCUUCAUGGGCGCGGAGCUCAACCCCAGAAUGUUUGGGAUUCUGGACUUCAAGAUGUUCUUCGAGGUCCGCCUUCCUUGGUACAUCCUGCUCUUCGUUACCCUAGGUGCAGCGGCCAGACAGUAUGAGGUUUACGGCUAUGUCUCUGGGGAAGUCGGCUUCCUGCUGCUGGCCCACUUUUUGUACGCGAACGCCUGCUCCAAGGGCGAAGAGUGCAUUGUCUCCACGUGGGAUAUGUACUACGAGAAAUGGGGUUUCAUGCUCAUUUUCUGGAACCUUGCGGGAGUGCCCCUGAGCUACUGCCACUGCACCAUCUACCUGGCCAAUCACGAUCCGGCUACAUACCACUGGAACCGGUACUUCCUCUCGUUCCUUUAUGUCGCCUAUCUCUUCGUAUACUGGGUGUGGGACACGACCAACAGCCAGAAAAACCGUUACCGCCAGCAAGAGCGCGGAACCAUGGUGUUCCGCAGCACAUUCCCUCAGCUGCCUUGGCAGACGCUCAAGAAUCCCAAGACCAUCACGGCCGAGGAUGGGUCCAAGAUCUUGGUCGACGGUUGGUAUGGCAAAGCACGCAAGAUCCACUAUACCUGUGAUUUGUACUUCGCCCUGAACUGGGGACUCAUCACCGGGUUCAGCAGCCCAUUCCCCUGGUUCUAUCCCGUCUUCUUCGCCUGCAUGAUCACGCACCGCGCGAUGCGCGACAUUGAGCGUUGCCGGAACAAGUACGGCGAGGCAUGGAGGGAAUACGAGAGACAGGUCCCUUACCUGUUCAUUCCGGUAAGUAUUUAUGUCUUCCACCCGACUAUUCCAGGAUACCCGAAGGCAAGGUUCCCGGGUGUGGUGGUGUUUAGUGAGAUUUAUCAGGUGACUGGACCUGUUGAGCGGUUUGCGAGACAAAUCGCCGGACAGGGAUAUAUCUGUGCGGCUCCGUCGAGUUAUCAUGAGUUUACGGGGCCGGAGGCAUUGAAGUAUAAUGCUGAGGAUACGGAUAAGGGAAAUGAGUGGAAGAUUAGUAAGAAAAUCGCGGCGUACGAUGAGGAUGCCUCGUUGUGUGUGGACUAUCUCCUGUCACUGCCCACGUGCAAUGGGCGGGUGGGCGCGACGGGUAUGUGCCUGGGUGGACAUCUUGCGUAUCGGUGCGCAUUGGAUAGCCGGGUCAAAGCGGCGGUGUGCUACUUUGCCACUGAUAUUCACAGUAAGACGCUGGGGCGGGGGAAGAAUGAUGAUAGUUUGGCUCGGGCGGGCGAUAUCAAGGGCGAAUUGCUCAUGAUUUUCGGAAAGAAUGACACGCAUGUUCCGCCUGAGGGAAGGGAUGUGAUCCGCAAGACCCUACAUGACAAGGGAGUUCUGUUUAGCUUUUACGAGGUGGCUUGGGCGCAGCAUGCCUUCAUUCGUGAUGAGCUCAGCAAGGGACGGUAUGACCCUGCCAUUACCAAGGCGUGCUUUGAGAUGCUGCUCGAGUUGUUCGGACGGACGCUGAAGCUGGACCUGGGCGAGCACGAUGGAAAGGAGUUGAAGAUUGAAGACGUGUGCUAG